AUGUCUAAGAUUGGAUUAGCAGUAUUCGUCGUAGCCCUCACCAUGGUGCGCUGCGAGCCACCGGUGAACUCGUACUUACCACCAGGCGGUGGUGGUCCUGGGAAUGGUAACGGAGGAGGAGGAGGAGGCGGAGGACCGUCGAACACUUACGGUCCACCCGGUUUCGACGGUCAGAAUGGCAUCGGAGGCGGUGAAAACGGCCGCAAUGGUUUAUCGAACAGUUACGGGGUACCUACUAAUGGAAAUGGUUAUAACGGCGGUGGUUCUGGCAACGGAAGAAACGGUGGCUCGAACAGUGGAAAAAACGGCAGGGGUAAUGGUUACAGUGGUAGUCAACCGUCUAGCUCCUACGGGGCGCCGUCGAAUGGAUUCGGUGGAACCGGUGGUUCGGGUGGCGGAAGACCGUCCAGCACCUACGGAGCACCUGGUGGAGGAAACGGAUACAACGGUGGAAGCAACGGCAAGAACGGAUUCGGUGGCAGUCCAUCGAACAGCUACGGCGCUCCGGAAGGUGGAAACGGCUUUGGUGGUGGCAACGGAGGUGGAGCUCCUUCGAGCCUGUACGGGCUGCCGGGGAGAAAUGGGAAUGGAGGAAAUGGUGGAAAUGGUGGAAACGGUGGAAACGGUGGGGGCCGACCAUCAGGAAGCUACGGUACGCCUGACAGAAACGGAGGUAGUAGACCGUCCGGACUUUACGGACCACCCGGCAGAAAUGGGAAUAACGGUGGUGGAAAUGGAGGAUAUAAUGGUGGUAGCAAUGGUAACAAUGGUGGAAACGGUGGAUACCCAUCUGGAGGAUCAAACGGAGGCAAUGGUGGAUAUCCGUCAGGAGGACCAGGUGGAAACGGAGGUGGCAAUGGUGGCUAUCCCUCUGGAGGUCCAGGUGGUAAUGGAGGAGGCAACGGUGGUUACCCAUCUGGAGGACCUGGUGGAAAUGGCGGAGGCAAUGGAGGCUAUGGCGAUAAUGACGAAAACGAUGAACCAGCGAAGUACGAAUUCUCUUAUGAAGUGAAGGACGAGCAAUCUGGAGCCGACUAUGGGCAUACGGAAAGCAGAGACGGCGAUCGCGCACAGGGAGAGUUCAACGUUCUGCUUCCCGAUGGCAGAAAACAAAUUGUCGAAUACGAGGCCGAUCAAGAUGGGUUUAAACCGCAAAUUAGAUACGAAGGUGAAGCGAACUCCGAGGGAUACGGUCCUGGUGGACCAGGAGGCAAUGGUGGAGGUAACGGAUAUCCAAGUGGUGGCCCUAACGGGGGUGGAUCGGGUGGCAAUGGUUAUCCGUCAGGAAGGCCAGGCGGUGGACCUGACUUUAGUGAUGGAGGAUAUCCAUCCGGAAGACCAGGUGGUGACAGAAAUGGAAACAACGGUGGCAAUGGUAAUGGAGGAUAUCCAUCCGGCAGUGGUGGUGACGCCGCGGCCAACGGAGGAUACCAAUACUAA